AGCAAACCGAGACUAAUCUUGGGCCGAGCUUACAAAUAAUCAAUUCUGAAAAUAAAAUCAAUGCUCGAGUUAAAGAAGCUACAGAGGCAAUGCAACAAAGGUUUAUUGAAUCUACCCAGCAAAUAUUAAAAUCUAUCAAGCAACAAAAAGAAGCUGAGUGUAAUCAAAUUCGUUUAGAUAUGUCUCACAAGUCUACAAAAUUAUUCGAACAUACAUUAAAAAAAUAUAUUCGGGAUGGAACUAUAUAUAAUCUUAUUCAUUUAUUAGAAGAAGAAGAUGGAACACUAUAUCUUGACAUAUCUCGCAUU